CCCUGGACGGUGCUGGUGCUGCUGGCGCUGGACGUCGCGAGGAGCCGCCUGGCCAGGCGGAGGGGCGCUGAGAGCAGCACGCCUCCGGCGAGGGCGUCGCGGGCGGCCCUGUGGAGGAUGGCGCGGCCGUGGAGCCUCCCUCUGUCCGCUCUACUCGUGCUGGCAGGCGCGCUCGGGGCGGAGGGCGGCGCGUGGUGGUUCCAGCCUCGCGCGCGCUGGCAGGUGUGCCUCUGCGCGGGCCUGGCGAUGCUCAUAAGUUCGUGCAGCUUCAUGGCGAACGACUACUUCGACUUCGUCGGCGCGGUCGACACGGAGCAGACGCAGCGCAGGCGGCCGCUGGUGAAGGGAGAGGUCACCCCCAGGGAGGUGAAGGUCGCCCUGAAGCGCCUGUACUUCCUGCUGCUGAUGGGCAUCUGCCUGCUGGAGGCGCGGGCCCUCCGCGUUUACGUGCUGGUCAACGCGACGCUCGCAUACGUGUACACGAAGUCCCUGAAGCCGCGAAGCUUCGCGCUCAAGAACGGCUGCGCGGCGGGCGUGCGCUCGCUGGCCAUCGGCCUCGGCGCGCUCGCCGCGGCGCCGCCCGGCCCCGACGCGCUGGGCCGCGGCCUGGCCGCGGUGUGGCCCGCGGUGGCGGCGGCGUUCUUCGGGGCCCUGGCGCGGGAGGUGAUGAUGGACGUCAGGGACGAGGAGCCGACGGAGGCAUCCGCGUACAUCACCGCCGUGCUUGGCCCAGGGGCACCUGGGGCCCAAGGGUGGUGUACAGUGGGGGCCCACGCCAAGAAACACCCUGCUUGCCUCCAGGGUGCCCUGGGUUUCUUGGGUUUCAUGCGGCUGUGGUAAGAAAGCG